AUGUCAGCAGAUGAUUUACUCGACAAUACAAUGCUUCCAUCAGCUGGCUCCUCACCAAUUGGACCUAUCCCCAGUCCCACGGUGUCAGCACUUCAGCAUCGUCAGAGAGCGAAAGCCGGUCGACCUUUUUCAAGAACCAUCGGUGACAUGACGCCUGAGGACGUCCCACCUGAUGAUUUCGAACACCAUACAAAAGUGGCAUCUAUGGUGCCCAGAAACGCCGAUCGGAGGGUAUCUGAGGCCAAUCUGCCUUCUGCGUCGCCACCUAUUGUCCAGGGAAUCAAGCUGGUGCCUGCUACAGCACUCCCAGGCCAGCUUCGAGCGGUCUUCAAAUAUGACAUCUUCAAUGCGGUCCAGUCCAAAUGCUUUGCUAGCGCUUUCGAGUCCGAUGACAAUCUCGUGGUGUCGGCUCCCACAGGCAGCGGAAAGACGGUUAUCAUGGAGUUCGCCAUCUGCAGACUGGUAGCUGAGUGCAAAGGCCAAGACUUCAAGGUGAUCUAUCAGGCUCCAACAAAGUCACUGUGCGCAGAAAGAUACAACGACUGGCAGAAGAAGUUUAGCGCCUUGAAUCUAGAAUGUGCUGAGCUCACCGGUGACACGGAUUUAGCCCAUCUACGAGACGUGCAGAAAGCGAGCAUUAUCAUCACUACUCCUGAAAAAUGGGACAGCGUCACCCGGAAGUGGCAAGAUCACGCCAGACUUCUGCAACUUGUCAAGCUGUUUCUCGUCGAUGAGGUUCAUAUCCUUAAGGACGAACGUGGUGCCACGCUGGAAGCUGUUGUGUCCCGAAUGAAAUCGGUCGUCUGCUCCGUCAGAUUUGUCGCCUUGUCCGCCACCGUACCGAACUCUGAAGAUAUUGCAAUCUGGCUGGGCAAAAACUCGAUGAUGCCGCAUCUGCCCGCACAGAGGGAAGUAUUUGGCGAAAGCUUUCGUCCUGUUCAACUCCAGAAGCAUGUCUAUGGUUUUGAAAGUAGAAGCAACGACUUUGCAUUCGAGUCCAUGUUGACCGAACAGAUACCUAAGAUUAUCGCAGAUCACGGACGUGGAAAACCUGUCAUGGUCUUUUGUUCCACCCGAAGAGCCUCGGUGAACACUGCGAAAAGCCUGGCAGACGCCUGGUCAUCCUCGCGUCCCACGCAGCGGCUGUGGAAGGGCCCCGAGAGGCAGCUCUCUUUAAUGAACGUGGAGCUCAAAGCUACCGCCGGGGCCGGAGUUGCGUUCCAUCACGGCGGCCUCAGCGUAGCAGAUCGCCGCACAAUUGAGGAAGCCUUUCUAAGCGGACAAAUCAAUAUCAUCUGCAGCACCUCUACCUUGGCAGUGGGCGUGAAUUUACCAUGCUAUCUUGUUAUCCUGAAAGGAACUUGUGCCUGGACCGACAGUGGUUUGAAAGAGUAUGCAGACCUUGAGGUCAUGCAAAUGCUGGGUAGAGCUGGAAGACCUCAAUUUGAAACUUCGGCUUGUGCGGUUAUCUUGUGCCGCCAAGGAAAAGUCUCUCGAUAUGAGAAGAUGGUCUCUGGAGAGGAACUCCUGGAGAGCUGCCUCCACCAGAAUCUGAUCGAGCAUCUGAACGCAGAAAUCAUCCUUGGGACCGUGCGUGACGUCGAUACAGCAAAGCAAUGGCUCGCAAGCACGUUCUUGUACGUUCGUCUGAGGAGGAACCCUUCUCAUUACCAGUUCCGAGAAGGCGUGGACGAAAGUACGGAUGAUGCGAUUCUGGAGCAAUUGUGCAAGAAGGAUAUAGAUCUUCUUGUGGACGCGGGAAUCGUGGAAGGACAGGAGCGAUUGACUCCGACUAUGUUUGGGGAAGCAAUGGCACGAUACUGCGUCAACUUCGAUACUAUGAAGUCUUUCAUCGGGCUGCCUCCAAAAGCGAAAACGUCCGAAAUUCUCUCCCUGUUGGCUCAAGCACGAGAAUUCCGAGGUUUGCGAAUGCAGGCUGGCGAGAAGUCCUUCUACAAGGAGAUCAACAAGGCUCCAGAGAUCAAAUUUCCCAUCAAGGUCGACGUCGCUCUCCUUUCACAUAAAAUCUCGUUGCUCAUGCAAGCGGAGAUGGGCAGCGUCGCCCUGCCGGACGGAGAGAGCCACAAGAAACACCAUACCCAAUACCGGAUUGACAGGUCAAAUGUCUUCGCGCAUGCCAAUAGGCUUAUCCGAUGUCUCAUUGAUUGUCAAAUUCAGUUACAAGACGCCAUAUCGGCCCGGAAUGCCCUUGAGCUCGGCCGCAGCCUUGCAGCGCACGUUUGGGACAAUACGGCUAGUCAGCUGAGACAAGUCGAAGGCCUUGGUGAGGUCGCAGUUCGCAAAUUGGCGGCGUCGUCUAUCAACAGCAUCGAUUCCCUGCUGAACACAGAGCCAGCCCGUAUCGAACUGGUGCUUGGCAAGAAUCCGCCUUUCGGUCAUCAGUUGUUGAAGAAGCUGGAGUCGUUUCCCAAUCUAAUGGUCUCUGUGAAAGAGACUGGUAGAGCGAUUCGGCGUGGCCAAUGUGCAACGGUCAAAAUCGUUGCCGAAAUUGCCUUUUUGAACCGGGUGCCACCACAGAUCUUCAACAAGAAGCCCUUUUCCGUGUGCUUCCUGGCUGACGACUCAAAUGGGACUCUACUUGAAUUCCGAAGAUUCAGUCCAAAGAAACUGGAGCACGGGGAAAAGUUCACGUUGAGCGUACGCCUCACCAAACCGACCGACCAUGUCAACUGUUAUGUGAUGUGUGAUAAUAUUGCCGGGACUAGCAAAUACGCCGAGUUGAAGCUGUUGGACAUUCCAGUCUCUGCAUAUCCGAAGGAACGACACCAAGAUGAAUCGAUUGACGGCACGAGGAAACACGCUGACCAAGCUCCGGUGUCCAAUUGCUGCGUCGACGAAUUCGACGAUGGGGGAAUUGAUGACCAAGAUCUUCUAGCCAUUGACGCCGACGGCAGGAGGAUCGAAGUCAUUGAAGAUAUUGAUGCCAUCCUCAAAACAGAAUAUAAGAAGAGCAAGCCCACGGAGCAUUACCACAACGAGGACGCUGAUGAUUCGGCGUAUCGAGAGCCUAGUCAACUGCCAAAUGGACGGUGGACUUGCCAGCACGAUUGCAAAGAGCGGGGCAAGGAUUGUAAGCACAAAUGCUGCAAGGAGGGUGUGGCCAAGCCAAAGCGUCGAUCAAAAGCAGAAACCGCGGUCAGAGAGGAGGAGAAAGGGCAGAAGAAGAUAACAUCUUUGACGUCGAUGCAACCAAAACUGGAAACAAAAGACAAGAAUCAAAGAAAGGGGCUCGGAGACUCUCAAGAGCCACGCCACGCAACACACAGAACCCUCAGCUCUGGAAAGCCCAAGUUCCGAAAACAGUCUGGUGAGCCUACCGCCAAACGUGCGAAGCACUCGCAAGACCCUGUAGAGGAUUUCUGGGGAGCUGAGCCUACUAUGGACUUCGAAUCCGACCUCGAACUUGACUGCUCUAAAGACCAUGCCAAACAGGUAUCUCCAAAGAACCCAGAGAAACAAGAUGCAAAAGUCGACGAGGGCAAAGACGACAUGUUCCUUUCCUUCGACGAGGACGAACUAUUCGACUUUUCCUUUGUGGAGUCCGGUCAGUCUGCUGAUGUGCUUUCUGCCACCGAAGCAGCGCCUACAGUCGUGGACAAGCCAAGCACUGCCAAUUCCAGCCUCUGCGAGAAGGAGCUGACCAUGCCAAACAACGACGAUAUUGAUUUCCUGGCCUCAGAUCUGGACUUUGGAGGGGUUGAUCCGCCACUCGAGCACGUCGCCAUGUGGGAUGUUCUCAAGAAUGACAGAACCGCUUCCCAGGGCCAGAGCAGCACUAUGGUUCAGAGCAUAAAAUGCUUCGAAGACGGCAUGGACUACAUUGAGGACUUUUCCGGCAUGCGACCGGACUCUACUGGGCUUUCCACGACUCCAAAGAACCAGGUUAAGGAUACCUUUAUAAUGCGAGAUCCGAGCGUCAGUCCUGGCGCUGAUACUCCUGCUGAAUCGUCGAUCAAGACGCCUGAGGACACAGGAAUGGCUUCGAAUGUCAAGACGGCAACACGUGCGAAGGAGACAGACGCCGAGCGAGACAAGAGAUUGUUCGAUGAAGACCAGAAGAAAAAGUGGGAAGGUAUCGAUCAGUGGCUCUACGAUGAAUUUCAUGAGUACGUUGAAGUCGUUUGA